CGGCCAUCUUACACGCAGGAGUUCCUUACACCGACGCGAGGAGGAGCGUGCCAAACUAAGCACUUGGAAGACAAAGAAUGGGCUGGGAAGUACACAAAGAGCUCGCGGCCGAGCGACACAUGGAUAAAUACGUCCUCUUAGACGACAAAGACGUGCCCCACCUUGUUUUGUUCGAUGAUUUGACGAUAUAAAAUUCACCUUCUCGUUGCGUGCUGGCACCCGUGUUUCAAUGCCCCAUAUCACAGGAUCCUCCGUGCUUGGACUCGAGAUCGAAGCUAACCAGUGGCAGCAAGAUCGUCUGAACCGUUUCAGAGCGGAUCCAGGAGAAAACGCAAGACGGGCCGAGCUUCGAAAGGCGCAGCGGGCCGCUGAUGCUUUACUCGCUGCCAGUACUUCCGCGAGCGAACCAUCGAGAAACGAUUCUCCCUCGAUAAUGCCCAGUCCUUCGAGCCCAAUCCAACUCAAAUUGGACUUGACGCCCCAACGCGUACCCCACCCCGCAAUCCUCUCCGCCGGAUUCCUUCGAAUGGAACACCCUCUCGCUCUCCGUCUCAUGAAGACUGAGGAGAUUUUCAGCCCAGUGCUAUUCCUUCCCGGCCACGCAAUUCGUGUUCCAGCAUCGGAUGAUUUCAUCCUAGCUGCACCCAUAGGGUGGGAGGUCCCUCUAUCCGAGAGCAGUUCCUCUCCCCUACAGAAAGGAAGUGAUUCUCCCUUGGUGAAUCUCCUCGUGGAAUCAGGGGAUGGCGUACACUACCGCGGGGUGUGUGCGGUGAAAAGUUUGCUGAACGCACAGAAGUAUAUUCUGGACGAGAGUAUCCUGCAAGGGGUCAAGAGUAGCUCUUCGAGCCAAAAAUUACAAGGGGAGGCUCAAGAGCGGGUCAUUGUGCAAUUUUACGGGCUACAAUCACGCACUUUGACGUGGACGACCUACCACGAUCGGCGACGACAGCAUAAAGGAGAGCACAGUGAACACAACAUGCAGAUUCUCCCGCAUACUGAUUCCACGAGAGCGCACUCCCAAGCAAUGCGAUUUGUGACUUACAACCUGCGCUACGACUCGCGGCCCGACACGAUUUCCGUCGCGCAAUCGCUUACGCACCUUCCGGACCCACUGGACUCGCCUCGAUACUUGGCGAAAGCGGGCGAGCAGCCGUGGAGCACGCGCAGGCUGCGCGUCGCGGAGCACCUGCUCGGCGAGGGAAUUGUGCUGGCUGGAUUCCAAGAGGCGUUGGUCAGGCAGGUGCGGGAUCUGCACGAGCUGCUAGGUGAAGCGGACUGGGAUUGGGUGGGCGUCGGACGGGAUGAUGGUCGGGAGGCGGGGGAGUACAGUGCGGUGUUCUACAAGAAAUCAGAGCUUGAGUACCUGGGACACGACUCUUUCUGGACGUCUCUGACCCCAUUCACACCGUCGCGGUACCCCGGCGCAGGCUCGAUCCGUGUAUGCACUGUUCUGCAGCUGCAACGACGUCAUGGCGGACAGAAGUUCACGGUGCUGAAUACCCAUAUGGACGAACGAUCUGAGGAGCAGCGCCGGCUAGCAGCAAGCAUGAUCCUUGCCCGGGCCAGGUUCGAAGCACACACCAGCGGUUUCCCGGUCAUCGUCAUGGGCGACUUCAAUAGGUUUGCCAGCCCCGGUGCACUUUACUUGCGAAGGCUUACUUUCUGCCGCAGUCCCCCAACAGGCUCGGACUCCGGGGCGUAUGAGAUAUCCACGGGUAUGCGUCUGCCGGUGGAUGUGCCAACGGAUUUUGCGGAACGGUACAGCGUUCCUGAUGAUGCUGCACCGUUUGUGCUGCGAGACCUCAGGGGCUGUACACCGCGCCGUCACGUAUCUGCCAAUCACGCAACUUUCACAGGCUUCUCCGCACCCAACGACGCGAGAGCAUGGAGCCGCAUCGACUUCAUUUUCGGUGGGAGCAACGGCGGAUGGGAAUCGGUGAGAUACAAGGUGGACAGUGCCUUGACGGACGAUGGAGUGUUGGCGAGUGAUCAUCGACCCGUUUUUGCGGACCUUGUACUUUGACUGUGUCGUAAUCAUAAACAUUGAAACAUAUUAGAAAUGUCGACUCCUCCGUCUCA